GUUUAGUGGUAGCUUUGGUUUCGUCUGUGACCAGCACAAAGGACACUGUUCUGCUUUCCAUGAAGUGAUUCCAAAAUAGCAAAAAACAGAGAAACACACAGUUAUAUGGGCAAUUUCAGCGCACUUAAACAUGUCAAGACCUCAAGCGCCCAUUGCAGACGAAGAAGAGAUCCUUUUCAUGGAUUCUGAAGAAGACACACACAUUGAUGCAGGUGGGGUCCCGGCUUCACCGGGAGACCAUGUUGUGAAGACAGGUGCCGCCCUCUGUUGGCCGACACUUCCAGGCCCUUCCAACGACAACCGUCAAAACAAUCCAUGGAGAUUACAAAGUGCCACAACAGAUCAAAGACCAUUAGUACAACCACAUAAACCUACUGUGACGGAACCACCCGAUAAUCUACCUGCAGACACAGCUUCAAAAUCAGGAAAACCUAAUGUGCAACUGCAAUGUUUCGAUAAAAGGGGAGAUAACUCAAGGGGAGAUAACCCUGUGAGGGUCACGUUCAGUGACCCCUUACGACCGUGUGCAGAGGUUCAAGAGACAUGUUUAUCUUAUGGACCAGCCGGAGCUGGACCUUCGGUGAGCAGUUCACGAGAGGACAAUAAAGGGGAUGAUGAAACGUCUCCGGGAAAGUACAGCUCGCUGAGGGAGACUGGAACGGAGGAGGAGGACGAGCAGGAUUCCAGCACUGAGUUGUAUGUACCGGAACGACGGAUGACCCCUGCCAAUUACCGGAGGGAAUACCUGUGUGGACUCUUUCUGAAGUAUUCAAUAUUUAUCUUCAAUUUUCUAUUCUGGGUGGCCGGGGUGGUGGGGUUCGGUUUCGGCUACUGGACCCUGACGUCCAAGGGGCAGAUAUUCGCCGGGGGCGUCUACUUCUUCCUCGACCCCGCCGUCAUGCUGUGCAUCGUGGGCUGCACCAUCUUCAUCGUCGCCUUCUUCGGCUUUCUAGGCGCGCUCAGGGAAAACGUACGCUUGUUGAAGAUUUUUCGCGUGUGCCUCGUGCUGGUGCUGUUCAUCCAGGUUGGUAUUGGCAUCCUGGUAUUCGUGUUCUACACCAUGCCAGAGGCCAGGGAGUCCCUCCUGUCUGGACCAGAGACCAUACUAAAGGACGCCAUCAAGCGUUACCAUGACGACGAAGAGAAACGGAAAUGGGUCGAUCUUAUACAGAAAGAGUUCAAGUGCUGCGGCAUGAGCCACAAUAAAAUCGGCUACAUGGACUGGCAGCUCAACCGCUAUUUCAACUGCUCCGCCAGCAACCCUAGUGCUGAGAGGUGUGCCGUGCCCGUGUCAUGCUGCAUAUUCGAGCCUGGAGACUAUAUCAAUGUCAUGUGCGGAUUCGAUACAACAAAUAAACCGAGGAGUAAAGUACUCCACAGAAUCAACACCAAGGGCUGCAUGCGUGGCUUGGCGGACUGGAUGCGAGGGAAUGAAUCAUACAUCGGUGGUCUUCUGUUGGCGUUUGUCACACCUCAAGUGCUCGGGGUUGUAUUUGCGACACUGUUCAUCAAACAUAUUGUGAGAAGCCGAGCAAGGUGGCGGCUCCUGAGAAGAACAUGAUCCGGACCCGUCUGUUGUUGUAGUGUCGCUCCCAAACCUCCAGUCUUUCGCUGUCACAACCAGGUACGAUGAUUCUGCUAUGAGGUUUAUCACAUGAAGUUGCCCGGUACAGCUGUCUGACACGUGCUUUAACGGGAAUGUUUGCCCCAUGACUGAACCAACCCUUCUCUCCUACCGCAGACAGAGCUACUGUUGACGGAAUACUGUAAUUUGUCUUUCAAUAUGAAUAGUGAUGAAGAGCCUUGUUGAAGUCGAAACAACAUUCUGCCUGACUUGUACGACAUAUAUGAUACAUCGCUGAAACAUUUCCACGUGGACUACAUACCUACAUAGCAUGGCCACAACGUCUUCACUGUCACAAGGAAGGCAUCAAUGAACCUUAGAUGUCCUUUCACUUUAAUAUGAAACACGGUCAGCGACCUGUAAAUGUCCUGAAGACUUUCACAUGAACACCACCGAUGAAGGUUAAAUGUCCUAUAAACUUUCACGAGAGCAUCACGAACGAAGGUCGGCUGUUCUCUCAUAUUACUCACAUCAAUGAAUGUUAAAUGUCCAAAAUACUUUCACAUGAACGCCAUCAAUUAGAAGAGGAACAUACUGUGUUUUCAAUGUAGAGGUAGAUUAUUUGUAGAUUCAACCGCGCUAAAUUGAAUUUGGAACCGAACGAUUGAAAUGAUUUAAAUUAUUUGGUGAUGAAACACCAUCAAUAAAGGUUAGAUGCCCUAUACACUUUUAUACGAACAGCAUCAAUGAAGGUGAUAUAUCAUGUAGAGUUUCCUGUGAACCCAAUCAAUGAAUGUUACGCGUCCUGUAUACUUUCAUACGAACACCAUCAAUAGGGGUUAUGUGACCUGUACACCUUAAUACGAGCGCCAUCAAUGAAGGUGACAUAUCGUGUAGAGUUUCAUGUGAACCCAAUCAAUGAAUGUUACGCGUCCUGUAUACUUUCAUCUUUCAUAUGAACACCAUCAAUAGAGGUUACGCGCUUGUAUACAAUCAUACGAACACCAUCAAUGGAGGUGAGAUUCCUGGACAUUUAUGUGAACCCAAUCAUUGAAGGUUACACGUUCUAAAUAUCUUCAUGGACCACAUAAUGAAGGUUUCUUAUAUGUAUGAAGUCAACGUACUACACGAAAGACGUUCAUGUGAUCCAUAUGUUUGAUGUAGCUUUUGUAUGGUAUAGAUACCUGUAUAUGUAUCGUAAAUCUAUUAAGUGUUACGUAACGUUAGGCACCUGUGAGGAUUCUGCGAACGACAGAUCUCCAGAUCCCAAUGAUGUAACAUCCGACUGAAGAACCGGUGACCAGGUUUGGUGACAUGAUUGCUCCUAUUCCCAGUCAUUGGUUCCACUAUCCAAUUAUAAAGACGGCACCAUGGUGCUCGAUGAAUAAAAAAUGGCAUUUGUU